UCCCAGCACAGUGGAUUUACCAGACACUCAGGAGACAAUGUCCAAGCUAACCCCUGUUACCUUGACCACUGCAUCCACCAUUGUAGAUAUCCCCAAAAAGGUGGAUGAAAUCCCUCAAAGAAUAACUCGCAAUCGCGCCAAGAACAAUCCCCCUGCUGCUGCUCCUUCUACCUCCACCAUAGUAACCUCAUCUGCCACUGUCACCGCAGUCACCACCUGUCCAGCAGCUAGCGUUAACCUGACUCCUACUAGAACUCCCACGCCCACCCCAGUCUCUACUUUCUCAACUCCAAAGAGAGACAAAGAACCCGUGAUUCACGUCUCCUCUACAUCAAACUCUGUCACAACGGUGUCUGCACCGACUUCCGUAACAACUUCUGCUUCAGUUGUUCUCGCUAAGUCGACAAAAGGACGUCUUCUCACAGUGGAUGAUGAGGAGUCGCAGACCCAGCAUCCUCGGAAAAGAAAGUUUGCCCGGCCCACUGGGCAGCAGGUCCAGGUUCAGCUGGUGAACACAGCAAUGCAGCAGACCAGGGAGAUGAUUCAGCAGACGUUGGCUGUUGUGGUAAAUGCCAUUAAGCUGGACGACAUUGAGCCUUACCACAGCGAUCGCUCCAACCCGUACUUUGAGUACUUGCAGAUCAGGAAAAAGAUUGAGGAAAAGAGGAAAAUCCUGUGCUACAUAACCCCACAAGCUCCACAGUGCUAUGCUGAAUAUGUGACCUACACUGGCUCCUACCUGUUAGAUGGCAAACCCCUCAGCAAGCUACACAUUCCUGUGAUUGCACCCCCUCCAUCACUGUCAGAACCUUUGAAGGAGCUCUUCAGACAACAGGAGGCAGUUAGAGGGAAGCUCAGGUUGCAGCACAGCAUAGAACGGGAGAAGCUGAUUGUUUCAUGUGAGCAGGAGGUUUUGAGGGUCCAUUGCAGAGCAGCCAGGACAAUAGCCAAUCAGGCUGUGCCAUUCAGCGCUUGCACCAUGCUGUUGGACUCUGAAGUAUAUAACAUGCCUUCAGAGAGUCAGGGUGAUGAGAACAAAUCUGUGAGAGAUCGCUUCAACGCACGUCAGUUCAUUUCCUGGAUUCAGGAUGUGGAUGAUAAAUAUGACCGCAUGAAGACGUGUUUGUUGAUGCGGCAGCAGCAUGAGGCAGCAGCACUCAAUGCGGUGCAAAGGAUGGAAUGGCAACUAAAGGUCCAAGAGCUGGACCCAGCAGUACACAAGUCCCUCUGUGUCAACGAAGUGCCGUCCUUCUACGUCCCAAUGGUCGACGUCAACGAUGACUUUGUCCUCCUUCCUGCGUGACAUGCGUGCUUACAGAUAAGAGCGCCAACAGUUUUUAUAAGGACUUCGUUACAAAGAACGAAUGGAAAGGGCUAGCAAGUUUGACAGAGGACUUUAGAUAAUAAAAAUUAUAUUCUUUAGAAAAAGUAAAGAUAUAAAAAAAAAAAAAACUUGCUCUCAAUUCCCUUCCAUGAAGAAGGAAUCAUGUUUUUACUGGGGGGAAAAGAAAAUACACAACUUGCACUUUCAUCCUCAGAAGUUUUUAUGCUUUCGGUCGAUCAGAGUUGGAAAAGCAGAAACAGUUUUUGCUUAAAUGCUCUGACAUCAGGACACUGAGACUACAGACGGGAUGGUAUAUUCUGCAUUUUUUGGUUCUUUCUCGUAGAAGACCUGUGACCACUGGGAGAAGAUGCUGAGAAGAGCUCUCUCUGUAGUGUGGUGCCCCUGCUAAAGGAGGACUGAGGACGAGCUUCCCCCCGUCAAUCCCAGGUUUCUUUUGGGACAGAAGAACUCCACCAAGUCGGUGCUGGACUGUCAGUGAAGAUGUGUUGCAGUGUAGAUCCUAAAUGUCUAAUCAUAAAAUGACAGCCAGAGCAGACCGACAGAUAAGCAGGGAUCUCAUGAUGGUUGAGAGGUUACCAAGUGAAACAUCCCCGGAGGGUGCGUGAAGUCCCUGCACCUGACCUGACUGUGCAGCAAAUCUGCAGCAGAGUCUGCAGCAGGUCAGUCAAGUAGAGCAGAGGGUUUUUAAAAAAUGUGUGAGUGCACAUCAGGGUCCAGUGUCCGAGGAGAAAAGACUGAUCCUGCCGCCUCUCAGCCUGGCUAAACAGAUGGAGAUGAGUAAGGAUGACAGAGGACAGACAGAGGGGUUCCUCAGCUUUCCUCCCUGCUCUGAGACAAACACAUCAGACUGCCAUGGACUGCAAAAGCAACCACAGGACAACCAGAUGAAACAAAUAUAACGAAUGUUCAGACUCUAAAAGACUAUUGAGAAAAGGUGGAAAAUGGUGGUUUUACAGGAGAAGAGAAAUAUUGUUUGUGUCUAUUUCUUUACUUGGGCAUUUCAUUUUUUUUCUGAGGAAGUGACUUGAAACACUACAGAGCCAAUAUUAGUUUAUUGAAAAAAAGCAAACAAAAGAAAACAGAAAAAAAGUUGUAUUCCAUAAAUUAUGUACAGUUUUAUAUUCGUUAACCAAUGUAUUCUUGCUGCCUUCUAGAUAAUUUAUUUUGCCACACAUUACUGCACAGUUGUAAAUAACCUAUGUACUGUAAUAUCACUCAGUUAAGUGUAAAGAAAAAAAAAGAUAAAAGAACUAAAAAUUAUCUUUUUAUGUACAGUUCACAUUCGGGCCGCACUUUCCUCCCCGUUCAUAUCCAUGGGCCAAAAUGUGUACAGGAUUCUGUCAGUAUUUGAAAGAUUCCAGUGCAGACUGGUUAUGGUUCCAUCUAUUGAACCAGUCCAGGCUUACUACAUGGAUCAACACAUAACACAAAUAUAGCUGACAGAGAAAAGCAGCCUCUCACAGGCCACCAUAGAGUCCCUUGGAUGUAGCAGAAUAACUGGUUAAUGAUUUAUUUAAAAAGUAGACAGAGGAUUAUUAUUAUUAUUCAUUAUUGCUUUACUUCACAGUUAUAUCUGAAAAUUUCCGACCAAGAAAAUGCCUUUUUCAGUAAAAAAAAAGAGAAAAAAAAGAAAAAAAAAACAUUGUUGGGCAAAGUCACACACAUUUACAGUAUAUCAGAGUUUAAAAGUUAUAGUGAUGUCAUUCAUGUCUAAUGCCAUCUUGUAGUGUGUAUAAAGUUUUGUUGAACUUGUUUUUCCUUUGCUAGAGUCAGACUGAAAUUGUCUUGUCGUGAUCACAAACCGUUGGAUGAAAACAAGACACAGGUCUUUCAGCAUUUCUCUCUCUGCUCAUCUGCUUCGUCUUUAAAAAAGACCGAAGCCGUUUGAAGGUUCCACCCUGUUCCAACAUGACACCGUCUGUGUCGGUCAGUCUGUCCGUUGCUCAUAGUUGGAGAGCACAUUUGUUUUACCUUGGUGCUGUUUCAUCUUUACCCACUGAAUGGCACGGCACCUCAGUGGAUAUAAAAAUUUUAAGAACCUUAUUUUGCUUUGCAUGAGACCUGUGGCCUUACUAUUGAGUGGGUGUUUUACAAUUAUUUAAAUUUCUCAUAUGACUCGUAGGAAGUUUGAUUUCCUGAGUUUGAAUUAUAUUUGAAAACCCUUCGUCAAAUUUGUUAUCAAAUUUUAUCAGUUGCCUAUUUGUAAUAGGUUGGGCUUGUGUUUUUAAUCGUUUUCGUUACUUCCUCAUGUUGUUCUGUUUAGCUACAUUCAUAUUGUUAUAUCUGGCCAGAGCAGACACUUACUUAAAAUUUCUAAGAAAUCAAAUCAACCAAAAAUGUCAAAUGACUCGGAGCAGUGCAGAGGAGAGAAGUAGCUAUGAUGCUGGAACGGCUCUGAGGUUUUAUUGUUUUAUCGAUAUCUUCAGUUCACAAUCCCUGUAGAAGUGAUCAUUUUUGCUGAUCUGUAUCAGUUCUCUACCUUUAAGUGAUUCCUGCAUUUAAAAACAAAACAAACAAAAACAAACUUUCAGUUCAACACAUGGAACAUCUGCCUUUCUGUGUGUGAGAGGUGUCUGUGGACCUUGAAGGCAACAUACUCUGAAUCUACUUAUGUUACUGAGACACACAGUCAGUCGGCGCUGUCACCGUGGGUGGUUUGUCUUGUCAAGUGAAACAGAUGUUUGUACUACACCGUGUAGACAAAGUGGCUCAAUGCUCAAGUCUUGGAUUUUUUUUUUAACAGGUUCUCUCACAUAAAGACCUGCAAAUUUAGAUUGACACAGCCAGAAAUUUUAGAUUGAAACCCCAGUUUGUCCUUGUUUUGCAUUACAUUGUUGGUGAUUUCUAAUUGUUUUUUCUUUUGUUUGUUUUGGGGAAAUGGUUGUCGGGUGUCUUUAGUUCACAAAAUCAGUAAGUGUGUGUGUGUUUGUGUUUUUAGCUCAUUGUACUUUUGAAUGUUGCUUUGUUUGCUUUAGGGUUUUUUUCUUUCCUUUGUGACGGAAACAUAAACACCAGUGGCAUGUCAAUCACGUGGCUUUAUUGAGCUGAAUGUAUACCGUUACUAUUCCCUGACGUACAGCACCCUCUCACUAUUGUUUACAAGCCAGUGCGCAUGCGUGUGUGUGUCAGUUUUGUACAUCACCAUUUUGUUUGUUGUUUUGUUUUUUAACUGUUUUAGCUUUGCCUUUGUUUUCUACUCGUGUGAUCAGUCAUUCGUUCGAAUCACAAAGGCUUGAAAUAGUGAUGGUUGACGUUAUGUAACAUGCUGUCUGUCCCCGGAUCUGUGGCACACACAGCCAGACGCAUUAGACUAAACACCUUCAAUCGACCACAGAGAUUCCACAGCUUGAAUAGUCGCCCAACGAAAAAAAAAAAAAACAAGAUCCAUGGAUUAAUUAGACAACACACAGAAACACACAUCAGUCCUCAGAUGCACAGUAGAGCACUUGGUGGUGGUGACACAGCUUCUAACCUGACACCACCUCAGUCAGCAACAUAUUACCUCUACUUUCCUUACAUUCGCUUAAUGUUUAUUUAGGGUUUGUCUUUGUUGUUUUUCUUAUUAUUACUGGACAUAGAUAUACAUAAUUGCUCAUUUUUUGUGGAAUCACAAUUUCAAGCCUUUUUUUCUCAUUUUCUUUUGUUGUUUUUUUUUAUUUUUUAAUUAAAACCCAGACUGUAGCUGUUUCUUUGUUCCUUAAUUUUUUAUUUUUUUUUAGAAUGAAAAUGACUAAUACAAAGCAUGGAGAACUACUCUUUAAAUGGUGAAAAAUAAUCUAUUUAUUAUCUUUUUUUUUCUGACACCUGUGGUAUGUUUUGAGUUGAAGUUGGUCUCCGCUGUGUAAAUUUUUCUCCUUGUAAUGCGUGAAAGAGACGUACUGUACAUAGUUGUGUAAAUAAAAACCUCCCAGGAUGUUUUGCACCCUCCUCUUUGUACUAGUCUGAAAAAUUGCGUAGAAUGUGGGGUUCUAACAGCAACGGGCAGAGUUUGCUCGCUGCCAGCAAUUACGAUGUAACAAUGUAACAUUUUUUUAUCUGUACAAUGUAGUUUAUUUGUGUACAUAUUGUUGGAGCAGCUAAGGGGGCGGGGGGAGUGUAUGAAGGGGGGUUGUUGAUGCUAUCGUCAGUGCUGUAACAGAACUCCAGUACUUUCACCUCUAGCUGUUGUUGAUUUCUUGCAAAAGUUUUAAGAAAAAGGACAAAAAAAAAGUUUGAAAAGGAGUGAA